GAGAGGGAGAAGGGAACAAGUCACUGCUUUAAAGACAGCAAGAAAACCUUGAGUGAAACAAGCAGAGAGGCGAUCUUAUCACAUGCCUCUGGCCGGUUUGAGUGGCAAGCUGAGCAAGGUGCAGUAAGGAAGUGUAGUCACAUGUAGCAUUUACAGGAAACAGGCUACAACAGAAGAGGGGAACCUAGAACUUGGGGCUACUCGACGGAUUUAAAGCGAUACAGCAGUCCGUAUUGAGGAAUCACCGAUGGUGUAGAGAAGAGUUCUGGAUGUGAAGUCAGAGGACCUGGAUUCGAAUUCCGGCUGUCUUUUACUACCUGCGUGACCCUCAGAAAGUCGCUUCAUCUUUCAUGAUACCACUUUCUUCAUCCAUAAAAUAAGGAAGUUGGACCAGGUUCCCCAGCCCUGCUCUGUGGCUAUGCUAGUCCUCCUAGAGGCUAAACCAGGAGUCUGAAAGAACUGAGUUUGAAUCCUGAUUUAUACUCUACUUAAAAGAAUCUCUGCCAUAUUCCCAAGAUUUCCAAAUGGCCCUGUUUGGAAAGGAGACUAUAUUUUAAGUUUAAGAGUGAAAAUAUUGAAGCUUAAUUGUCCAAGAUGCCUGUUCCUCCCCCUCCAGCACCUCCACCCCCACCAACAUUUGCCCUGGCAAACACAGAGAAGCCUUCCUUGAACAAAUCAGAACAGGCUGGAAGAAAUGCUCUCCUUUCUGACAUUAGCAAAGGGAAAAAACUCAAGAAAACAGUCACCAAUGACCGAAGUGCACCAAUAUUGGACAAACCUAAAGGAUCCGGUGGUGGAGGCAGCAGCUUUGGAGGAGGCAGCGGUGGUGGUGGAUUUGGUGGAGGUGGUGGUGGUGCUACUGGAGGUGGUUUCGGAGGGAGUGGUCCACCUGGUUUAGGCGGAUUAUUCCAGGCAGGAAUGCCAAAGCUGAGAUCUACGGCCAACCGAGAUAAUGUUUCAGACUCGGCAGGAAUCCGCCCUCCUAUUCUGCCCCCGGGAGGAAGAGCUACGUCUGCAAAGCCAUUUUCCCCUCCAGGAGGUGUAGGGCGGUUUCCUACACCUUCCCCAGGCCACAGAAGUGGUCCUCCCGAGCCCCAGAGGAGCCGAAUGCCUCCUCCUCCCAGGCCUGACCUGAGCGCAAAGCCUGACGGCGGUCCGCCUCCCGUGCCCAGCACGCCAAGGCCAACACAAUCAAAUCUCCACAACCGAGGCUCUCCCCCAGUGCCCGGGGUACACCGGCAGCCCAGCCUGGGGCCAACUCCUCCCCCUUUCCCUGGGAACCGAAAUGCAGGGUUUGGAGGGAUUCGACAGUCGUCUCCAGGCUCCUCAUCCCCCUUCUCCAACAGACCUCCCCUUCCCCCUGCCCCGAGCCGGGCCAUGGAUGACAAGCCGCCGCCGCCUCCUCCUCCGAUGGGCAGCAGACCAUUGGUCAAUAGAGAAGGAGCUCCCCCGCCUCCUCCUCCUCAAAACAAUAAGCCUCCAGUGCCUUCCACGCCCAGGCCAUCCUCGUCUUCACAGGCCCUGCCUCCCCCUCCCCCUCCCAGCAGGCCUGGUCCUCCUCCUGUGCCUCCAGUUUCCAGUGGGAAUGACGAAAUCCCAAGGCUUCCCCAACGGAAUCUAUCCCUCACUUCUUCUGCGCCCCCCUUACUUUCACCAGGGCGUUCAGGUCCGCUUCCUCCCCCACCCAAUGAGAGGCCACCUCCUCCAGUGAGAGAUCCACCAAGCAGAUCAGGACCUCUUCCGCCUCCUCCGCCUAUAAACAGAAAUGGCAAUACUUCCCGAGCACUGCCUUCUACUCCUCAGCUGCCUUCCAGAGGUGGAUUAGAAAACCAGAGAGGUAGCCCAAGGCCUCCUCUUCCUCCAGACAGGCCAGGCUCUGGAGCUCCACCUCCCCCGCCACCCUCAUCUUCGAUGAGGAAUGGCUUUCAAGACUUAUCGUGUGAAGAUGAGUGGGAAAGCAGAUUUUACUUCCAUCCACUAUCUGAUUUGCCACCUCCAGAGCCAUAUGUACCAAUGACCAAGAGUUACCCCAGUAAAAUGGCAAGAAAUGAAAACCGGAGUGGCUCCAACAGGAGGGAAAGAGGAGCUCCCCCGCUUCCCCCAACCCCCAGGUGAAUGGGGUGACCGACCUGUCCCAGCCCAAUCUCUGUAUUUACCUGAACUGAAGAGCUGCUUCUGUUGUCACCGUUGGAAAAUCAGCCCCCUUGCCCUACCCCCAUCCUUGCGUCUUUUUUUGUGUCCCCUUCAUGUGACUAAAGGGUAAAAAGGUGGGGCUAUUGGGAUGGAUGUGUGGAUUUUGUGGAUUUACCAAAUCAAGUGAUAAAGUAUACCUAGAGUUUAUGACCAAUAUAUAGAUAUAUAUAUAUACACAUAUAUACAUAUAUGCAUAUGUAUGUGUGUAUAUAUGUAUAUAUAUACACACAUACAUACAUAUAGGUAAUACCUUCAAAGCUAUUGCUUGCUUCAGGGGCUGCAAGCAGGUGAAGCCUCUCAUGACAAGUUGACAAGUAAUGAAAGUUUUGAAAUUCAUGUUAGCAGCUUUUAAAGAGCAAAGUCUGAGCAUUUACUGCCUAUUUGCCUUAAACUUAUUCUUGUUAAAGCCUAUUCACUCACCUGAGAAUGUCUCUGUCAUAAGGAGGCUAGCUUAUUUAAUUUUUCUCCCCCAUCUUUGCAUGCUUAGCCUACUUCCUACUUCCGUGAACCACAAACCUCCUAGGGGAGUUUACUGAGCUCAGGCUCAAAAGGUGCUUUCAUCCACAGCACAUCCAGCCCUUGGCAAUCUAAGGUAGGGUCUGGGAGAUAGAGGAUAAUGAAAAAAACCUCUUUUUUUACAACAGUGUACCACAACCCCCCCCCACCAAGAAAAAAGACAACCAAUAAAUGCUUUAAUAAUUAAAGAGUAAACAAAAAAAGAAGUUAGGAUUCCAUGUUCCUUGUUAGAUACAGAAUUGACAGCUAAAUAUUGUUUUCCCCCUCUUCUCCCCACCACACACACACACACACACACACACACACCAUUGGCCAAACUUUUAAUGCAUAAACUUGGUGAGUACCUCAAGAUAGAAUUUGGUCUGGUAUAGUUUCUGGUCAUGUGGAAAUCAUCCAUUUAAGAGAAACUGAAGGUCUAUAAGUCUCCCUGGCUCAGAAUUAGCUGUUUUAUCCAUCUGUAUGUCAGCUGGACUCUUGCUGCAUCAAUUUGAAUCAACUGUUGUCUUUCUCUCUUUCUGAGGCAGGUUCCAUGAAAUCUGCCUGGCAUAAGUCCAAAUGACAGCCCAGAGUAGAAAAGGACAGAAAGUUAGGAAAAUAUUGCGUCACAUGCUAUUCUCUGAAAUAUGCAAGAGGAGAAACAGUUGAGUAAGUGAGCAUGGGGCCUUGAAAAUUCAAGACUGAGGCUUAUUGAAAUAAGAGCAUUUUGGAAGGACACAAGACUGGAAAAUGAAAAAUGUUUGUAAGAAAAAUUUAUACGGAGGGACCCAUUGUCUUGGAGCUCUGUGAAUGAGGCUAUAGGGAAAGCCAGAUGUUCCUUUUUCAUACAGUUUUGUUUACAGAGACUUAAUGAGAUUUUUAUUUUAAGAUCGAAUGAGGGGAGUGGGAGGGAGCGGGAAAAGAAGUUUUCACCUAAAUGUUUUAUAUAGUUGGUUGUGUCUAAAAUUGUUUCAUGUAUUAGUUGUUUUUAAAAAGCACAUUAAUAAUGAGCAUAUAUAGAUCUACCCAAAUUUUUUAUUACAAUAUCAAAUUAUUAUUCACAAGUUACUGGUUAACUAAAAAAAAAAAACAAUCCAAAGACAGAUCAAAAGAUGCAUUCAUGUUUAUAGAAUAAAGUAUUGUGUCCAAUAGUACUUAGGGAUGUAUAAUGAAUUAUUAAGUUACCAGUUUGAAUGCACUGUGUUUUUUAUGCCUCUCCUUGCCAAAGUCUUGGAUUUGAUACAUGUGAUCGGUUCUUCUUCCCUCCUAUGUCCCACACAUAUCUGCCAGGCAGUGAAUGCUGUUUACCUGUCUGAAAGAUUCAAGGACUGAAGAGUUAUUGCAAGGGCUGGACCCAAUAUGUCCAAAAGUGUAUUUUUGUUAUGAUUUAUAAUGUUUGGGGAAUUUAUCUACUGAACUCAAUCAUCUUUUUUUUUUUUAAACCUUGGAGAAGAUGCAGCUUGGUAUAGUGGAAAGAGCAGUCUCUGGAAUCACAGGAUCUGGGUUCAGAUUCCCCCCUCUGAUGCUUACUACCUGUGUUUGAAUUCACUUCCCCUGGGUCUCAGAUUGCUCAUCUAUAAAAUAAAGGGAUUGAAAUAGAUAGCCUCUGAGGUGCCUUCAAACUCCCUCUACAUAUGGUCUUGUUCUCUGAUCUGGUUUUAACUAUACGACAUGAAGAUGAAGAUGAAGGUCAAGCUUUUGAAAUUAUGUCUCCUGGUCUUCAAUGUAAAUAUGUUGAAGAGAAAAAUUUGCAAUAGAGAAAAUGGUCCAAAUGGAACAAUAGUUGACCCAUUGCAUUCUAUAUCCCAGAUUUUCAGAGAGCAACCUAAAUUUGAGCAUCUCAACUUCAAAGUUGCCAACCACCUGGAACUGAUAUAUUUAGAAUGUAUUUUUUUUAAACAAUGAAUGUUCCAAUAUUCCAAGGAUCUCUGCUUGCUUUCUUUGAAAAAACAAACAAACAAAAAACCCUUUUCUAGCCAAAACUUCUCAUAGCACCUCUAUGGUAAAGCUACAAAGAGAAAAAAAGAAAAUACUACUGCAAAAGAUGCAAAAAUCAGCAUUUUUUUUCCUUCUUCCAAAUCUAAGGUUACUAUGUCUGUUUUAAUUUUCUAUAAAGUUUUAGGUAUAUUCAAGAUGAAAUACAGUAUUUUAACAUUCAUCAUAUCAUUUUAUAUUAAAGUGUAUUUACAGUAUUAAGAGUCAGUAUUCAGUAUUUAUUUCACUAUGCAUUGUGUUUAGUAAAAAGAGUGAAGCAAGAAAAAAUGCUUACUCCACUGGUGCCUUAUUUUACGAUUUGAAAGAAAUCAACUUUUUUGUGUCUGUAGCAUAUUAGUAAAAAAAAAAAGUUAGGCUUUGAUAUUUUAACUUCUAAUACAAAUUAUGAGAAUUUCUUAUGUUAUUUUAGGAGCACAAAAUGGAGUGAUUGUUAAAAUGCCCAGUGAAUUUCUUUCACGAAAUUCACCUUUUCCUACUUUGUAGUCAGGGACUGUAGAAGGGCAAAGAGUAAUUUUUCAUAGCACUGCACUGUAAACAUGCACAUUUUGGUAUCUAUUCAUUGUUGAGUAGCUUAAGGGAUGGGGCCCAGGCAGCCGCAGUGAUCUGCGCCUUUUAAAAUUAGCCAGAUAAUAAAUAAAAUCAGAACGAUCAAGCGUC